UCAGUUAGUAUGCUAUAUAUUAUUGAGUCUAGACUCUAGCAUGCCAUAUGCACUUUCCUCCUUAAACUUCACUUUGCUACUUCGCCUCCUCAAAAAGAAAAUAACCCAAACAAAAAACACAGCCACCAUAGUAUUUUAAGUUUUGAAUUGAAAUUGAAGUGUUCAGUGAUAUGUCCCCCGAAGCUAAUUUCACCGGAACCGGUGAAGAGAGGUCAAACUCUCUAUUAUCCAACGCGCGCUGCAGCUUCUGCUUUCCCUGCUGCUUCGGUUCCCGUCGUUCCGCCAGCAUCGGCAUCGCGUGGUGGGAGCGCGUCAGAACAAGGUCAUGGUCCGAGUCCCAGACCCAGGCGGUGACCGGAAGCGUCGGUGAUCGGUGGUGGGCGCGUGGAUUCAUGAAAGUGCGCGAGUGGUCAGAGAUCGUCGCGGGGCCACGCUGGAAGACCUUCAUUCGGCGGUUUAACCGUAGCCGUAGUGGGGGAGGAAACGGUGGUCGUUACGGGCAAGUGGGGAAAUACCAAUACGACCCCUUGAGUUACGCGCUGAACUUCGACGAGGGCCCGGGGCAAAACGGAGAUUCCGAUGACCAUAGUUAUGAAGGGUUUCGGAAUUUCUCGUGCCGUUACGCAGCUGCUCCUGUUUCUUCUGCCGCUCCUCCGUUCAAGUCCAUUACUACUGAUGUGAGUGAAGACGACGUCGUUUUUGGAUGACAAGAGAAAGCGCCGUUUAGGCUAAAUUGCGCCUAGUGGGAAUCUGCGCUUAUUGCGCGAGAUUAACGUCAGCAUCAUCAGCGUGGCGUGGCGUGGCGGAGACUCCCUUUUUUUGGUCUUAUUACUAAUGCAGUAAUUUAUUUAUUUUAUAUUAUCCUUUUUCUUUUUGACAGAUAUAUUUUCCUACUUCCUACUGUAUAUAAUGUUCAUCAUUAAUAUCUGUUAGUAGAGUACUAAUAGCAGAUUAAUAUCAUGUUUUUUUCUCAA